GGUCUGGAGGAGCCUAAGAGGGGACCUCGUCAAUGUCUGUCAGUAUCUGAAGGGAGGGUGUCAACAGGAUGGAGCCUGAUCAGUGGUGCCAAGCAACAGGACUAGAGGCCAUGGGCAGAAACUGAGUCCCAGGAAGUUCUACCUGAACACGAGAAAGAACUUCCUGUGCAGUGACCGGGCACUAGAGCAGACUGCACGCACAGGGUGGUAUACUGGAGGCAUACCAGACCCGUCCGGACGCCAUUCUGUGCCGUGUGCCCCGAGAUGUCCCUGCUGGAGCAGGGCGGCGGGCGCAGGGCCCUGCAGCGCCCCGCAGCCGCCCCAUCCUGCCAGGAUUCCAUGGAUGCCUCAAUCCCAGCCCACCGACCCCACUGGGGCGCGGGGCCGGGGCGGGGCGCGGGGAGGCGGCCAAUGGUGAGCCGCAGUGCCCCGUGAUGUCACCCCGGUUACAUAAGAGCGGCGGGUGCCGGUGCUGCCCUGGCGCUGCCGACCCGGCAGCGCCCCCCGCCAGCCAUGAGGGAACGCCGCCGGGGCGGCGCCGUGGGGGUCGUGGCCGACGGCAACGCUGACUGGAUGGGCUCGCUACCGCCCGCGCUGCGCUCCCUGCCGCUUGCCAACCUCGCCAUCCCGGGAUCACAUGAUUCUUUCAGCUACUGGGUUGAUGAGAAAUCUCCUGUGGGACCAGACCAAGCAACAGCCAUCAAACGUUUGGCCAGAAUUUCCUUGGUUAGAAAGAUCAUGAAGAAAUGGUCAGUGACUCAAAAUUUGACUUUCAAAGAGCAGUUGGAAGGCGGGAUCCGCUACUUUGAUCUUCGUGUAUCUUCCAAACCUGGGGAAAUAGGACAAGAGAUUUACUUCAUACAUGGCUUGUUUGGCAUCAAAGUAUGGGAUGGCCUGAAGGAGAUGAAUAGUUUUCUUGAGCAGCAUCCCAAGGAAGUAAUCUUCUUGGAUUUCAAUCAUUUCUAUGCCAUGGAUGACAGCCAUCACCACUUCUUGAUUAACAGGAUCCGCUCAGCAUUUGAAUCCAAACUUUGUUGUGUAGAAUGUGUAGAAUAUGUGACGUUACUGUACAUGUGGGAGAAGAAACACCAGCCAUCCAGAUCUGCAGAGGUUCUCAUAUUUUACCAUCACCCUUUGUAUCAGGAAUAUCCCUUCCUGUGGCCAGGUAAUAAAAUGCCAGCACCAUGGGCUAAUACAACUAAUGUACACAAACUGCUGCAGUUCCUGGAGACCACACUUGGGGAACGAAGUCGUUAUGGGACUUUCCAUGUAUCUCAAGCAAUUCUCACACCUCAAGUGAAAACGAUUGCACGGCAUCUAAUUCGUGGUCUGAAGAACACACUUGUUCAUAGGAACCUGCCCAUGAUUUUGAAUUGGGUGAAAGCACAGAAGCCUGGUGUUAUGGGUGUUAACAUAAUUACAUCAGACUUUGUGGAGCUGGUUGAUUUUGCUGCUACAGUUAUUGCAUUGAACAACCUCCUUUUGGAAGAGGACGAAUUUGCAACUUAAAUCCUGAUUGCUGUGUUCCACAUGUGCUCCUUAGUGGACAUCUUUGAACUAUGCUUAAUGUUUUACUUGUCAAGUGAAACCUAUUGUAAUUUCUCUUUAUGAAAAAAAGUUUCCUUUAGGAAAUGUGGUUAAACAUCAUGUACAGCCAGGUCCCUUCUCCUGGAGUCUGUGGACCUGAGUGAGUGAGUGCUGUGUGCAUGCUGCUAUGUCCGCCUGUCUGUCUGUGUGUGCUAUGUUUGUCUGAGCUGUGCACACAACUGCUGCUGCCAGGGGCUGGCCUCUGGAGCAGAUGUACCCCAUUGUGGCACACAUCUCCCUGGUGACCACACUCCCAGUGCCCCCGUGUGUGCAUCCUGCCCGCUUCCCAUGGCCAGGGCUCACUCCAGGGAUCACUGCUGAUCCCAUGGCAGUGUGAUCAGGCUGGCCGGGUGGCAUUGUUCUUGGGCCACCUCUGGCAUACCUGGGCUAGGCUGGAGGCUGCUGCUCUCUUCAUUAUGCUGUUUUAGACACUACCUCUGACUUACUUGAAGAGACAAUACUGCUGUUAUUCAGGGGGAAGCUGUUAACACUGUGUUAACUAUCCAAACUGUCCUUUAGGCCUGAGAGGUGAAGGCUUGGCACAGUUUUUC